GCAUGGGCGGGCGUUUUGGGGUGCCUGGGGGCCGUUCUCUCUGAUCAGAGGUUCGGGGAGGCUACCUGGGCUGGGGUGGCGGGACCCGGGAGCCGCGAGAGGAGGCGGGACUGAGGUACGGCAGCGGCGAGGGAUAGGGGUCGCGCGGGCUGGUCCUCUUCCCGGUGUCCGCCCACAGAGUCUGAUGGCAGCGGCCGCGCGGAGGGACCUGGCUCAGGUUUCUGUUGCUGCAGAUUUGCUUCCAGACCAUGCAGAGGACCACGUGACCUUUGAGGAUGUGGCUGUCCACUUCUCUUGGGAGGAGUGGGGGCUCCUUGAUGAAGCCCAGAGGCUCCUGUACCGUGAUGUGAUGCUGGAGAACUUUGCACUGAUGGCCUCUCUGGGACUUGCAUCUUCCAGCGCUCAUGCAAUCACCCAGUUGGAGUGGUGGAGAGAACCCUUUGUGCCUCCCUGUGCAGUCCUGACUGCAGUCGCGCCGAGAGGUUGGCGCCAUAGAGCGGAAGCUGAGGAAGCCCUUCGGGAGCAGAGUGUUUAUAUAGAAGGGGUGCUCAGAGCAAAACUUCAACACCAGAGGCUGCACUGUGGAGAGAAACCUCUGAGAACAGAAGAGCGUGUGGAGGGUAGAACGGAAUUCCCAGUUAGUUCUGGUUUUCUCAACCAUCAGGUGACCCGUGCCGGAGAAGAGCCACAAGGGAGCACCAAAAGUGGGGAGGCCUUUCACCCUGGGAAAAGGCAUUACAAAUGCAGCGAAUGUGGGAAAGCCUUUGGUCAGAAAUACUUACUUGUUCAGCACCAGAGACUACACACUGGAGAAAAGCCUUAUGAAUGUAGCGAAUGUGGGAAAUUAUUUAGCCAUAAAUCAAACCUUUUUAUACAUCAAAUAGUUCACACUGGAGAAAGGCCUUAUGGGUGUAGUGAAUGUGGGAAAUCCUUUAGCCGCAAUGCUGACCUCAUUCAACACCAGAGAGUUCACACUGGAGAAAAGCCUUUUACAUGCAGUGAAUGUGGGAAAGCCUUCAGGCAUAAUUCCACACUCGUUCAGCAUCAUAGGAUUCACACUGGAGUGAGGCCUUAUGAGUGCAGUGAAUGUGGGAAAUUUUUCAGCUUUAACUCAAGCCUCAUGAAACAUCAGAGAGUUCACACUGGAGAAAGACCUUAUAAGUGCAGUGAGUGUGGGAAAUUCUAUAGCCACAAGUCAAGCCUUAUUAAUCACUGGAGGGUUCACACUGGAGAAAGGCCUUAUGAGUGCAGUGAAUGUGGGAAGUUUUUUAGCCAAAGCUCUAGCCUCAUGCAACAUCGGAAAGUUCACACUGGAGAAAAGCCUUUUAAGUGCAACGAAUGUGGAAGAUUCUUUAGCGAGAAUUCUAGCCUUGUUAAACAUCAGAGGGUUCACACUGGAGCAAGACCUUACGAGUGCAGGGAAUGUGGGAAAUUUUUUCGCCACAGCUCUAGCCUUGUUAAACAUCGGAGGAUUCACACUGGAGAAAUGCCUUAUGAGUGCAGCAGUUGUGGGAAAUCAUUUAGCCAGCGUUUCAACCUCCUCCAACACCAGAAAGUUCAUGGUGGAGAAAAGUCUUGAAUACAGCUCACGUGGACAAGCCUUUAACCAGAGGUCGGCUCUGAUUCAGCAACAGAAACUUUACAGUCCAGAUAAGCCUAAUGUAUACAGUAAAUGGGAAGAAAGGCUUCAGCCAAAGGCUUCACCUUGUUGAGCACCAGAAUGUUCAG